GAGUGUUAGUGACGUGUUGUGGUGGCCAUGUUGAGGGGAAAGUGAAUGGUCUCACAGAUUUCAGUGACUCGCUCAGCAACCCUGCUACCGCUACAUCUGCGGAGACACUAGCAACGUAACAGAAACCUCACUUAAUAUGUUAAACAUGUGGAAAGUGAGAGAACUUACUGAAAAAGUCACCAACAUGGUGAUGAACUACACAGAGGUGGAGGCCAAAGUUCGGGAAGCCACCAAUGAUGAGGCGUGGGGGCCAACAGGUCCCCAGAUGCAAGAAUUGGCACAGUCUACAUUCUACUAUGAACAGUUUCCUGAAGUGAUGGGAAUGUUGUGGAAGAGGAUGUUGCAAGAUAAUCGUGCAGCUUGGCGUCGCACAUACAAGUCUCUCCUCUUGCUCAACUAUUUGGUCCGCAAUGGGUCGGAGAGAGUAGUCACAUCUGCCAGGGAACACAUCUAUGACUUAAGGACUUUAGAGAAUUUCAAGUAUAUGGAUGAACAUGGGAAGGAUCAAGGGCUUAAUAUCAGGGUAAAAGCAAAGGACUUGAUUGAUUUCAUACAGGAUGACAACAGAUUACGAGAAGAACGUAAAAAGGCCAAGAAAAACAAAGACAAAUAUGUUGGCGUCUCCUCAGAGUCCAUGGGCUUCCGAGGCUCCAGUCACAGUGAGUGGGACAACUGGGGAAACAGCAGAAGAAAAGAAGAUUCUGAUUUUGGAACUCGAUUUGAAGACUCUCCAAACAUCAGUGGGGAUGAGAUUGAGGAGUCUGUGGACCCUGUGAAUGAAUAUAGGGAUGAAGAGACCAGCCCCAAGUUUAAUAGCCCGUCCACCAAUCCAGCCAGUACCAUCACCACCACCUCUUCCAAAGCUGCUGCUGCUCAGCCAAACAAAAGAACUUCAAAGCCUUCUAAAAUGGUUGACUUAGGAGCAGCUGCUACAUUUGGAAAGGAUCUGUCUUCUUCACAGCAGGUUACUGUCACUGCCAGUACCACCACCACCUCCACCAUCACCACCAAUAGUAACAACAACAACAACAGCAACAAUAACAACAAUAAUCUUCUUGAUGACAUUUUUGGGAGUGCCACGAGCAACGGCACAACCAGUCCAACUAAACCUCCAAGUGCUGCUGAGGAUGAUUUUGAUCCACGUGCUGGAGAAGACUCCAAGACUGAAUCCAAGAAUGAGUUUGGAAACUUUGCAGCAGCCUUUGACAAUGAGGCUCCAAAGUCCACACUGGAGGGUGACUUUGCAGACUUUUCCUCAUUUUCUCAAGACUCUGUUGGUCCCAGUGGUGGCUCCUCAAAUGCUUCACUCUUGAUGGGAAUGAUGCCAAGCCCUGCUGCCCCUGCUAGCACCACCACUUCUGUUGUUAAUGCACCAAGUGCCCCUGCUAAUAGUAAUACUAUUGACCUCCUACAAGGCUUAUUAGGACCCAGUCACCCUUCUACCCCAACCCCUUCAAGCACACCUAUGAUGUCCCCCCUUGGUGCUAGUGCUGACUUGGGGGGGUUCAAUUCCAGUCUGUCUGGAAUGACUAUCUCACCAUCAACCUGUGCCCCCCUCCAGUCCAUGGCUACCACACCAACUUCAAGAUCAGAAAUCAAGACGGACCAGAAAAAUGAAGGUCUUGGAACUGUAUACAAAAAGGAAAUGAUCAGGUACAAGAAGGAAUGUACAAGUAAGGUGGAUAUUGAAACAAUCCUGAAGAAACAAAGAAAUAUGAUUGAUAGUUUAAGAACUGCACUCGCAAGCACUAAAAUGGACAGUGUUGUGAUGGUAUCAACUCUAGAGAUGAUUUUGAGUUGGCUGCCUGGACAGGUGACUCCCCAACAGUAUGCAGGAAUAGACCCACUAAGUGAAGACAUGAAGGUAUUUUCUAAGCAUUUCUAUGGCUCUACAUUUACAGCAUUAUUGAAUAAUUAUUUGAAUAAUGGAAUCUUGAAAAAAUCUGAAAAACAUAGAAAUUUAUAUUAUGAUUUCAUUAAAGCUGGAUACCUUGAAGAGAGUAUUAGUAUAAUAUUGACUACAAUGCAGAAUGCUGACCAAAGCAAAUUGGAAACUUUGGUUACAUUACUUGCUGAAAUCUUAAAAUCUUUUUGUAUCCAGCAGUUUUUACUAAGACAUUGUUCACAAGCCCGAGAAAAUGAAAAGGAUGCAUUGGACUGUGAGGAAACAGUUAAGCUUCUGAUAUCACUACCAGAGAGAGUUGCCAACAAACUUGAACAUCUAGUCCCUGAGUCUCUCAGGCCCACAACAUACUGUAGAAUCAUGGCUUACCAUGUCUUGCAAGCUGUAUUCUUCAUAGCUGAUGGCCUCAAGCAUGGUAUCUCUGGAACUGUGGCACCUAUUGGCAAACUUGUAGGGAAACUGUGUUAUUUGAGUGAUGCUCAUGCAGUUCUUGAGCCUCUCUCUCGCUGGCUUUCACUCUGGAGCACCAGAAAUCCCAUUAUUAUGAGAAUCUCACAGAAAGUGUAUUUUCAUAUCCCAACUCAAGCUAAAAAGAGGUUUUUGUUAAGCCUUUUGAAGUUGGCUAGAGACUAUAAGACUUUAUAUGUAUUUCUUAGCAAUUAUGAGACAACCUGUCCUCAUACAAAAUAUCACCUGCUAGAAUUUCUUGUUGGAGGAUCCAUUCAGAAUAAUACAGAACCCAUAAUUGAAUAUCUAUCCAAAACACAGAGUAGUCAUGAGGCUAUGAGAUCUGUCUUCUUGAAACUUUUGGAUUUGUGGUGUGAUGAAUAUAUUAUUACUCACUCAUCUUUUGAUCAUCACAUUAAUAUAACCAAAGGACUCUUAAUUUGUCUUAAAUUCCUAACACAAGAGGACAGUGAGAACCUCAGGCAUGAUGCUAUUGAGAAGUUGUUACCAGGUAUUGCUUAUCAUCUUGAAAGUCCUGCUCAAAAAAUGACAUUGGUUGGAAUGAUUGCAGCUGAAGAAAUAACUAAAGUUCUUCAUAAAGAUGGGCCAGCAUUAAAGUUCAAAUACAGAAAUAGUGAUGUUGUGCUGGAACUGAAACAGGUUUUCACUACCAAGAAGAAUCAAGACUCUGAAAAAAUGAAAGAUGAAGAUGAAAAAACUGAUGAAACUGUUUGGAUGAAGGAUUUUAUUAAAGAAUUACAUGGCUUAAAUAUGAUCAGUAGUAAAGAAAAAACAGCAUACUGUGAGGAGGAGGUGGAACAUUCAGUCAUCUUAGAAGACUUCCAAGAUAAAAGUCAGCUGCCUCUUGAAGAAGCUUCUGCAGAGACAAAUUUACUUGAUAACAAAUUAGAAGAGCUAGACAGUGAUGAUGAUGAUGAAUUUCAACCUUAUGACAUGUCUGCAGACUGCCCUCAGAUGAAAGUUUGUGAACCAUCGUACCCACAGGAAGUACUGGCAUAUUUGAUUGAAGGUGAAGUAGAGAAGGUGACAGCAGCCUUGAAAGUUUCUGAGAAAGUUGUCCGCAGGGAAUUAAAGUUGAUGGAUCCAGAAUUAGCACAAGAAAUUACAAAAGUUGUUCUUCAUUUGGAAGAUAAGUAUAAUAUUGAUGGUUUUCAGGAGAAUCGCAUGAACACACUCUCUGCUUUGGUAGUGUCACAUCCCAGCCAGUGUGCCCUAUAUCUUGGCUGUGAAUUUUAUGAACGCAACUAUAAUUUAAAGCAAAGAUUGGAUAUGAUAAACACACUUGGGAGGGCAGCCAUUGAGUUAUCUGGAGGAGAUGCUAAGCCUGAUCACUCAUUGUCUUGCAUCACUUCAGAAAGAAAGAUUAAGAGCAGAUCUCUUGUUAAAAAUGAAAUGAAAAACUUGGCAGGCUGCUUUUUCUUCCCUUUGGUAACAGGUCUUAGAGAAUCCCGACCAUAUCUUGACCUCUUGGGCUCUGAUCGCUUUGUGUUAUGUGAACUCUUGAGGACUCUUGGUCUUAUCAUCAAUGUUACUGGACAGUGUGAGACUUCCCUGAAGAUGGUUGGAUGCUUAUUAGAGUUGACCUGGUCACUGCGCUCACAUACAGACACAGAGAUCCGUUCUGCUUGCCUGGAAGCACUCAUUUCUGGUCUGGAGUCAAUCUCAGAUUCUGUAUUACAGUCUGUUGUGUAUGAGGAAAUGGUUAAUCUAAGGGAAUGGCUGGCACUGUCCAUUCAAGAAGACAGAGAUAAAAAAUGUCUGCUCCUUUCUGUUAAAUUAGCAAUCAGAUUAGAUAAAUGUUUUGCUCAGCAGAUAAAUUCUACUUGAAAUUUCAUUUAGAUUUCCAUUUUUUUUCUUUUAGCUCACAUAGUUUGUUUUAGUGAUUAGUCAUUUGAAGGUAAAAAUAAUUUCAGUGUUAGAUCUUAUUUCUAGGCAUUGCUUUAUAAUUUAGAUUUACAAUUGACU